CCGGUUCGGUAAAACCGAAGAUGUUUACAUUCGGCUGGUGACAAAAUUCAAGUUCUUUAUCGCCCAACGUUUCUAAAAUUCUGUAAUUGUCACAUACCGUACCAUAAUAACAUAUUCGUGAAAUAUAUGUUGUCAGUUUUUUCUCUGCAGUAAGUCAGCAUUUGAGGCCAACAUGUAGGCUUUCUGAGCGGAAGUCGCUUGUAGCAUCCAUGAACGAAUGAUCCACUGUGUUCUGUGUGAUAACAGCACGCGCCAAAAAUGGAAGAGUUUGUGAAAAAUUUGAUCAAGGAAUCCGACUUGAGUGUCCUGACCACCAAGGGGGUGAGGAAGGCGUACGAGAAGCACACCAAGAAGCAGCUGUCACAUGAGGAGAAGCAGAAGCUCAAGGAACUGGUCAGCUGUGUGCUGGACGAACUCUUCACCCAGGGGGAUCCCACACGGACAGAGAACAAAGACAAGUCAUCCAGAAAAUCGUCUGUUAAGAAAACAGAAGCCCGGACUCUGCCCAGAAGAAAAUCGGAAACUAACGAUGGUAGCAAACUGUUAAGUCCAACCGACAUCUCUGACAGUAAUUCAAAGGUUGGUGAAUGUGGUAAAUCUCCAAAAAAGGAGAAAAAGACAUUUCCAAAGCCUGCUGAUAAUGACGACGAAACUGAGGAGGACAGCAAUUCAGGACAUCAGAACGAGAAUGAUGAAGACUUUGAGAUCCAGUCCACGGAAAGCAAUGAAAGUGGUCAUUCCAAGUCAGUUCCAUUGAAGCUAGAAAAACAAACGUCUAAGGGCAGAAAAAAAAUCGACUUUGACAAUGAACAGAAAGAACAAACCAGUCAAGAUAAAAUAAGUUUGGUGCCCAAACGUAGGUCAGUCUCACCCCGUAAACAGACCCCACAAAAUUCUUCUAAACCUUCACCAGCCAAGAAAAUGAGCUCUGAUAAUCAGAACACAUCACAAAGAAAAAAAGUGAACUCGCAAGGAAAAUCUGACAAGUCUACACCAACAAAGAAAUUUACACCAGUGAACAAGACACGAAAGAGGCUGAGCAUCAGUGAGGUGAUGACAGCCAUGAUGGACUCCGAUAAAGAUGGAGGGUCAGAUGCACUAUUGGCUUCGGAGUCAGACAGCGAUGUGGGGAUGAUUGUGCCGAAGAAAACAAAUCGAAAGCGGAAAGCCAUUCAGUCUGAGGACGAAGACUCCGAUGUGGAGAAUACACGUCCUAAGAAAAAGUCAGUUCAGAAGCCAGCAUCCAAGAAACAGAAAGUUUUUAGUGAAGAUGAACUGAGUGAUUCCGAUGAUGAUCGUCUGCAGAUUGAUAUCGAGGUCAGUACACCACAGGAACAAAGAAAGACAUCACGAUCAUGUAAGAGAAAAAGCUAUGCCUUGUCAUCUGAUUCUGAGAGUGAGCUUGAGUCCACAUCUAGUAGGGUUGAGUCGGUGUCCAGCAAGAUCUCUGAUGCUGCUUCUGAAGAUAGCGGGGUCAAUGUAGACCUGAGCAAACACUCAGCCAUCGUUGAGGCGGAACUCCACAAGACUGUCAAGCCAUCCACAAAAACUAGGACCUCACCGAGGAAGGAGAAGAAGAAGGAGGCGAAGGAAGAGGUAAAGAAGAUGAUUCAUGAGGAGACUGUCCUGCAGGUGACGAGUCUGGAUUCAACAGAUGAUGAGGACGAUGAUGGAAGAAAUUGUCCGAGUUUGACAUCAAGUGGCAAGUAUCGCAGGCGAUCUGGUAUCCGGAAGAAUUCCCUGAAUGUUUCUGAGGUCUUGGAAGAUAUUGAGAGGGAAAAGACUCUUUCAUCUUACAAGAAAUAUGAGAGGAAAGUGAAAGAAAUAAACUUUUCAGAACUCUUGAAAGAUGUUGAUGAUGAGACGCCAGGAUUCUCAUCGGAUCCUUCUUUGAAAGAAAAGUCUGUGUUUUCGAUAUCAGAAACGGAGAGUGAUAACACCAUUCGUAAGAAUAGGCGAGGAUUAUUCCAGGAAUUUGAACAGAGAAAUAUUGCAAAGAUCCUGGAAGGUGAGAGUUUUGAUGUGAAGACCUGUACCGUUGUACUGGAGCGAGUUGAUGAUCAGAUUGACUGGAUGCGUAUGGCUAGCAGGAGGACAGAUGCAUUAGAAAAGAAGACAAAUGCAUCAGAAAAGAUGACAAAUGCAUCAGAAAAGAUGACAAAUGCAUCAGAAAAGAUGACAAAUGAAUCAGAAAAAUUGACAAAUGAAUCAGAAAAGAUGUCCUCUUCAGAUUUGGAUGAUGUGGUCAUGUUUUCUCUUGAUGAAGUAGAUGGAGAUGCUUUGUCAUCACACCCCAUGGUUAAGAAGUUGAAGAAAGUUGGAAAUGGAAAAUCUCGCCAAAGUUCAACUCCAUGUAGCCAAAAGGUCACCAAGUUGAACAAAUUUGAUUCUUUCGAUUCUGAGGACAACAUACCUCUGAAGCCCUCAGGAGGUCAAGCAAAGAACAAUGAUAAUGCUCCCAUAUCUGAGGAGGAACUGUCAGUUAAGAAAAAAUCUGUCGAGAAACCACCUGUUAAGAAAAAGAAAAGAAAACGGAAAUAUAGGCAGGUUGGUUAUGAGACUGACAGUCCUGUUAUUAAGAAAAAUGCAAAGGCGAUGAAAAUCUCUGAUGGUGAGCAUAAACCACUGAAGCUGGUGAUCAAGAGAAAAGGCAGUGGCAUCGAGGACGACUCUGAAGGAGCAAGGAGAUGGACUGUGGCCCAGAAACACCACAGCGAUUCCUCCGAUUCUGAGUUUGAAUCCGACGAUGAGAAGUCUCUGAAAAAAAUUGUUAAUGGAAGUAGUGUUGAAGGUAGUUACGAAAGAGUGUUGCCCAUAAGAAUUGGAUUAAAUAAUUCCGGUGGUGAUGGUUUGGGUGUUCAGAUUAAGGAUGUACCCAAAGGGAAGAGUAGGAUAAGAAAAAUGUCAAAGAAAUCUAAACGAAAAGAGAAACAGUUGGAUAUGUCGGUGUCAGAAGAGGAGGUUUUCAGGAACAGGAAAGCCAAGAAACAGGCUAAAAUUGAUAGCGAUAGUGAAUAUGAAAUAAGUCCAGUUGUGGUGGAGUCAGAUGACAGUGUUAGUGAUGAUAAUCAUCCGAAACCAACGAGGGUUUCUCCGCGGAAGAGUGUGAGUGAGUUGGAUGUCAGUCCUACCAGGUCUACACGUAGCAGAACUUUUUCAGAAGAUGGUGUAAAUGAGUCAAGCUUAAGUCUCAUGAAGUCAGUUAGUCCUACAAAGUCAAAACGAAGUCCGUCAAAAAAGGCGGGAAAAACGAAAACGUCAAAGAGUCCGUCAGAUUCAGAGGAGGAAAUUCAUGAAAUCAGUGAAGCAGAGUCAGACCGUGCUUCCCAUGAGGACGGUGUCAGGAGUUUAGACUUGUUGAUCUUGGGGAAAAAACAUUCAAAGUCAAAGAAACAAUCAAAAGUCAAAUCAAGCAGUGUGUCUUCAAGGUCAAGUAGUGUGUCAAGGGGAGGGAACUCUGAUAUUAACAGUGGUGGAGAGUCUGACGUCAGCAGCAUUAUUCAAACACAAGGUAGUGUUAUAAACUCCAUACAGGGGGACAGUGAUGCGAGCUCUCAUGUCAGUUCUAAAAACAAUGAAGUGUGGAGAACUGGGCUCUCUACACCAAAGCAAGGAUCAGCAUUAGAGUCUGACAGUGAUGAUGCCUUGAGUUCAGUGAAACCACCUUCUUUGGGGUCAGUGGAUGUGAGGUCCGAAGACAGCAUGUCUUCAUUGGACGCAGUCAGUGCGGAACAGUUGAACAACAAAGCAACCGCCAAGUCCAAGAACAAGAGAGGUGACAACUCCCAGCUGACCCAGUUGAGGAAGAUCUGUCGCUGUGCUGGCAUCUUCCUGCGGAACACCGUGGAGCUCCUGGGGUGCGAUACAGAUGAUUCCAAGAUCUACAAGAUCAAGGAGAUCCUGCGCACCAAGGGGAUGCAGGGUGCCCCUAGUAUGAAGAAGGCUGAGAUUUUGAAGCUGAAGAAAGAGGCAGCUGAGCUUGACACGGACAACAUCAUUUCCGACUCCGGUCGCGCUCCGAGACGGAAGGUUCAGAGUCGCUACAAGAAGCGUGGCCUGACCCCGAGUCCAUCUCCCCAAAAGAAGAUGACUCCCCUGAAGAUGAGGCUAGCCGGACUGAAGGGCAUCAUCGACAGUGAAGGAUCCGACAGCGACUGAACAGGAAGAUUGUAGAACUUCAUGGUAUCCAUGGCAACCAGACAUGGCAGACAAGCAUCAUCAUGAAUCAUCAUGAAUCAUCAUGAAUCACCUACCCCAGACUCCCAAGACUCCACAGCUCCACAGCUCCACUGGGCUAGGCAUCAUUGUUUUCACAUGAGGAAUCGGAUCUCUUGGAUGAGAUUAUCUCAAUAUUGAGAUGCUGAUUCUUCUUCGGAAAUUGUCAGCUCUAAUGAUCUUCCUCCAGAAUUGUCAGCUCUAAUGAUCUUCCUCCAGAAUUGUCAGCUAAUGAUCUUCCUCCAGAAUUGUCAGCUAAUGAUCUUCCUAACUCCUUCCAUGUAACCUUGUAUUUACAUACAUGAUACAGUAUGAAAUGAAGUCAUUAUUGUGAAUACCUUACAACCGUUUAGAUGUGGGUGUUCUGUGAUAAUAGGACUGAUGACGAACUGCACAGGAGGCCUAUGCCUGUUCUAUAACAUGAUCUUAGUGCUAUGACUGUCGUCAGUCUAGGAAUAGUAAUUCACGCUUGUCAGUUUGUCAAAUCUGAGAAAAGUUACAUGCAUUCUGUUCAAAGCAGUGUUAAAUCAAACUCACUGAUUUAAAAGAAUGGCGGAACUGUCUCUUACCCAGACCCUAAUUGCAGCAUAGGGGUGUCAUAGCUGCUGUACUCAAGUAGUAUUUUCUAUGCCCAAGCAUUGACUUACAACAGUCAGAGCUCCAAUCCUUUAAAACAGACUUACGACAGUCAGAGCUCCAAUCCUUUAAGACAGACUUACGACAGUCACAGCUCCAAUCCUUUAAAAGAGACUUAUGACAGUCAGAGCUCCAAUCCUUUAAAAGAGACUUACGACAGUCAGAGCUCCAAUCCUUUAAAACAGACUUACGACAGUCAGAGCUCCAAUCCUUUAAACAGACUUACGACAGUCAGAGCUCCAAUUCUUUGAGACAGACUUACGACAGUCAGAGCGCCAGUCCUUUAAAACAGACUUACGACAGUCAGAGCUCCAAUCCUUUAAAACAGACUUACGACAGUCAGAGCUCCAAUCCUUUAAAACAGACUUACGACAGUCAGAGCUCCAAUCCCACAGUUCAACACAUUUUAUUUAUGCAGGCAAACUGCGGCAAAUUCCGGUGAACUUCCAGUGGCAAGUGUUACUGCUGGCUGAACAUGGCACACAUGACUUUGUUUUACCUCAUAUCUCUUUACACAGAGCUGAUCACCAUGGAGACAAAGUACAGGGUGUGACCAAAGUCCAGUCACCGCUAUGAAGGAAAAAGUCCAUGAGAAAUUAAAUAGGAUCGAUGAUAUCUUAAUUUGGACUAUAAAAUUAGAGCAAACUGACAGAUAUGCAGGCAAGGUAUGUUGAUGAUGAGGCUAGAUCUGUAUCGCGAUUGAGGCUAGAUAUAUAGAGAUUGAAGCUAGAUUUGGGAGAUUUACCUGCUGGUGCUGAGGCUAUAUAUGAAGCUAGACUGAAGCUAGAAAUUGUUACUGAGGCCAUCAUCCAGAGGCAAGGGAGUUAACUGACUAUAAAAGCCCAGUUUCCAGCCUUGCCGAACUAGGCUGGACUAACGAGUCUAUGCAUAGUCCUCGCUGUGCAGAGUUGCGUC